GUGGGAUGUAAACAUGUGGUAGGUUGUUUGGGAAAAGACAACGUGCCAUGGAAUUGUGAGCAUCUUAAUUGCAAGAACACUUGAAUUUCCAGCGAAAUUAAAGACUAUUGACUCCAGAUUGAUCGUGUUAUUGGUUUUUGUUUGUUCGAUAUGAGUUUCCGUGGACGUGGUGGUGGUGGUGGUGGCGGUGGACGAGGUUUCGGUGGUGGUGGACGAGGUUUCGGCGGUGGUCGCGGUGGCCGAGGAGGUGGAGGCGGCGGUGGAUUCCGUGGCGGUUUCAACAAUCGAAGUUUCGGCUCCCGGGACGAGGGUCCAAAGAAUAUCAUUCCCCUUGGAUAUUACGAUUAUCCGUGUCAGGAGGAUUUGAUCGCUAAAGUGGAAGUACCAAAUGUACCAUUCUUCAAUGCACCAAUCUAUAUGGAGGGCGAGAAGCUGAUCGGCAAGGUCGAUGAGAUCUUUGGUAAUCUGCGGGAUUUCUACGUGUCGAUCAAGCUGAAUGACAACAUGAAGCCGGACGGUUUCCAGGAGAAGCAGAAGCUGUUUAUUGACUCGGCGAAACUGUUGCCACUUGCACGAUUUUUACCGGGAAAUCAGACUCGCCGACCAGGUGGACGUGUGGGCAAACCGGGUGGCCGUGGUGGUCCUGGUGGCUUCCGUGGCAGAGGUGGUGGUGGCGGUGGAUUUCGUGGCCGAGGCGGCGGUGGUAGCGAUGGCAGUGGCGGCGGAGGUUUCCGUGGUCGUGGAGGAGGCGGAGGACGUGGUGGUGGUUUCCGUGGUACUCGUGGAGGCGGCGGUGGAAAUAGGUGGUAACUUCAUGAUAGUGUCACGUGUUCGCUACGCAAAUCCCUAGCUGUACGGAAGCUAUAUCUGUCUCCAUAUGCAAUUUGUUUAUAAGUGCUUAUAGAUUAAGGUCUUGGAAAUAUAUGUGAUUCUUCCUGAUCAUGAAGAAGU